AGUAGUCCUUUUGUAAACAAAUCCUCCUUGAUUUACAUAAGAGCUAGUUUAGAAGAAAUCCGGGCUAGAUUUAAUCUUGAUGCAGUUUUGUGAGGAUUGCCAAACACAAGCGCCUCACUUACCCAGUUUAAUUGAAGUGCACAGCCGAAAGCAAAUUUAAAAACGGGUCGGGUCUUACAGGAUCCGAACCACAUCCAACAUAACCCCCGGCUGGUUCUAAACGGCUUAUGUGGUCUUCGGAGCCGCCGACCUCUCUCUAAAAUCGAUCCUCGCCUUCCCCCUCUCUCAGGAAUGGAUAACAAGGAAGGUGAAGCAUCCAACAACAAUCAUAACAAACAGCCUCCCCAUUUAUCCUGCACAAAGUGCUUCGAUGCUUUGUGGUUUUGCUAUUCUCCCUUUCAUCAAAUGCAACAAUAUUACAGAUAUGGGGAAUUUGACACUUGUUUUGGAAAGUGGAGUGCCCUUGCUGACUGUUUGAGUCUCAAAACAAAAAGGUCAUCUGAAGUUCAGGAGAUUCUUGAAGAGAGAGAGAAAGCAAAGCCACAUAUCUGGACAUAUCGAACCGUAGAGGAAGCCUCUGAAAACUGGUGGAGGAUGUAUAAUCGUUUCUACAAGCCUCCUUCUCGACCUGAUUCUUAAUUUAGAUGUGGUCUUUUUCAGAUUCAUUUUGAUAAAUUGAGGACAAUAAUUAGCUCACUUGAAGCCCUAGGGUUAAUCAAGUUCUCUUUAGCCUUUUUCUGUUUAGAAGCACCGAAUAACAUGCAACUUACCUGAAGUUGUGAUUGUUGGAAAAUCCUACGUAUCAUUGGUUCCUUUAUCUAUAAAAGUUGUACCUUUCCAUUGUCAAGUUUUAAUCAUUUUCAGUCUA